AUGCGGUGGUGCCUUGCGUUACUUGUUUGCUGCUUCUUGGCUGCGGUAAAUGCGCUGAGUAGCUCCGGCAGUCGUCUGUUGGCGGUUCUGGAAGACACAGAGCAGAAGAGCGUGUACUCUACGCUGUGGGCUGACCUAGAAGCUCGUGGUUACGAUGUUUCGAUUGAAUCCCCCAAAAGUGAACAGCUUUCCCUCUUCAAGCAUGGCGAAAGAGCUUAUGACCACCUCCUCAUUCUCCCUCCCAAGUCUAAAGGCCUCGGCCCCUCUUUGACCCCCAAGCACAUCCUCGACUUCAUGAACAAGGAUGGCAACAUCCUCCUCGCCCUCUCCGGCAAGUCCCCCACCUCAAGCGCUGUCAGCUCCCUCCUUCUCGAGCUCGACAUUCACCUCGCAAACGAUCGCUCGGCGGUUGUUGUCGACCACUUUAACUACGAUACCCUCUCGGCUGCCGAGAAGCAUGACGUUCUUGUGCUCCAGCGCCCUGGCCCCCUCCGUCCCGACGUGAAGGCCUUCUUCGAUGGUGAGGGUGUUCUGGCUCUCCCUCGAGUUGCUCCUCAGACUCUGGGAAGCGACAGCACCCUUCUUGCUCCCGUUCUGAAGGCCCCCGCUACCGCCUACAGCUACAAUCCCAAGGAGGAGAUGCCCGCGGCAGACGAUAUCCUGGCCACCGGUUCGCAGCUCAACAUUGUCUCUGCUAUGCAGGCCCGCAACUCUGCUCGAUUCACCGUUCUCGGUUCGGUGGAAGCCCUUGAGGACAAGUGGUUCUCGGCCUCCGUCAAGACCCCCAGCGGCGAGAAGACCACCACUGUGAACCGUGAGUUCGCUAAGCAGUUGACCGGCUGGGCUUUCAAGGAGACUGGUGUCCUUAAGGUUAACAAGGUCGAGCACCACCUCGCCACUGAGGGUGCCGAGUUGAACCCCUCCAUUUACCGUAUCAAGAACGAGACUGUCUACAACAUUGAAGUCUCCGAGUACGUCUUCGACAAGUGGGUUCCCUUCGAGGUUCCCGGCGAAGAUGAGCUCCAGCUUGAGUUCACCAUGCUCUCUCCUUUCCACCGUCUGAACCUCGAGCCUACCAGCCGCACCGAAACCGGCACCGUGUUCAGCACCAAGUUCAUAACCCCUGACCAGCACGGAAUCUUCUCUUUCCGCGUCAACUACAAACGUCCUUUCUUCACCAACAUCGAGGAGAAGCACGAGGUCACUGUCCGCCACUUCGCUCACGAUGAGUACCCACGCAGUUGGGCCAUCAGCGGCGGUUGGGUUUGGAUCGCCGGCCUCUGGUCGGUCAUCGGUGGAUUCCUGGCUUUCGUUGUUGUUUGGCUGUACUCUGCUCCUGUGGCCGACAAGGUUAAGAAGACGCAGUAG